GUGUAUUUUUGAAAUUAGGUCAAAAAUGCUGUUUUGGGCUGAAAUAGGGUGUUAGUCGACUGGUAAUAGUAUUCAUCAAGCACAAAAUAGUUCUUUAAAAUUAUUUCGAUGAGAUCAGUCGACUGAUACAGAUUAAAAUUAGUUUUUCAGAAAUAGAAAAUGAGUAAAAGAAUGGUAACAAUGUUCAUCAAGCACAGAAUGAUUCUGUGAGAUUAUUUCGAUGAGAUCAGUCGACUGGGGCCUAUGACAGUCAACUAAUACAUGCUAAAAUUGGUUUUUCAGGAAUAGCAAAUGACCAAAAGAAUGGUAAAUAUGUAUGUAAUCUUAUGGGGGAUUGAUACAUGAUAAUUAUCGUCAUUGAGGUUAAAGAGUCUAAUAAUUGCGAUAUUGUUGGAACUCUUUUUGAUGUAUGACAAAGGGGGAGAAGUGUAGAUUUAAGUGGGAAAUCUAAAUACCAUUACAAGAAAUCCUAGUUCAAGGGGGAGCUUAGAUGAAGGGGGAGCUAGGAUUAUGUUCCAUUAUAUAAUCAUGAGUAGAUUGCUUAUUUAUUGGCAAAGGGGAGAGAGGUUUACCUUUGUGGGAAAUCCUAGUUCAAGGGGAAGCUUAGGUAAAGGGGGAGCUUAGGAUUAGGUUCCAUGAUUUAUGUAUAAGUUGGUUUGUAUAUUUAUGUGCAUAUGUAUUGCUAUACUAUUUCCCUAACUUAAAUGGGUUGUCAAAUAUCAAAAAGAGGUCGAUUAUUGGAGCAAUCUGUGUGACCUUAGGUUUUGAUGUUUGGGCAAAAGUUUAAAUUAGGAUUAUUAUUAUAUUUGAUAUGCUCUUGUGAGUGUGUAAGAUGCAGGUACAAGGCAAAGUCCAAGUAUGAUCUUGGUAGUGUAAGUCUAAGUGUAUAAUCUUGGCAACGUAAGUCCAAGUGUGACUUGGCAAUGGAAGACCCGACAAUAAGGACAAGGCUAAAAGAAGUUCUUGAAAGCAAAACGUGAAGGAUGAAAAAACAUCUGAGGGAUGCAAGGCUAAUGGAGGAAGUUAGAAGGCAAGGUCAAGGUUGUGCGGGCGAGAACGAAUGCUGAGAGAAUAUACUUGGGAUAAACCCUAAGUUUAGGGUUUACUAGUCGACUGGUGUAUGUAUUAGUCGACUGGAGAGAGAACAGAAUGUUUAUAUUCUUUCAACCAUAGUAGACCGGUCGAUUAACCUAUUUCGGUUGGGGUUGUAAUCGUCAAAUUCCGUAGAGGACGAAUCGACUAGUGGUGUGACCUGUUGACUGGUAACCGUAGAAACAACUUGGUUGUUUUCCCCAAGCUCUAUAUAAUGAAACUCGAGGUGGCUGUCUUAGGUGACGAAAUUAGAGGUGGUUCGCCCCUAAUAGAGUCUCCCAAGCUCAGAGGUUAUCCAAGAGAUCUUGAUCGAGUUGUGGUGAGCGUUCUCCACCGAUAAGGAGGAUCAAGCUAACCAAUGUUUCGAGGAUUAAUUCACCGACGAAUUAAGGGAUUGUUCACCUUAACGCCAACCAUGGAGUAUGAGCCAUAAUCUCCGAACUCUACAUAAAUCAACAUUUUAGAGGUUUGGUUGUUUUAUUUAUUGCCUCUAGGUUUUAGUUUUCCUUUGUUUGUUUUGGUAUUCCACUGCACUAACAAACAGGGAAGAAGUAGGUGAUCGACUAUUCAUCCCCUUCUAGCCGGGCAUAAGGGUCUUAACAGAGGUGAGUUGGAGCGUUCAAGUGAUAGAGUCGGUCAGACAUAAACUGGAUAUUCAAUCGAGGAGCUAAGCCCUUGGAGUCGGUAUAAGACCAACCGUAGACUGGUGGGUUGGCUGAGCCAAGAAAAUUCAUGGGUCCACUCCACUGGGAACACUGGUGGAUUCGCUCGGUUAGGAAGACUGGCAGGUCCACUCAGCUUGACUAGGAAGACUGGUGGGUUGGCUCGGCUCGGUGAGGAUGAUCGGCGGGUUGGCUUAGCUCAACCAAGAAAAUUGACGGGUCGACUCUGAUCGGCUAGGAAGAUUGAUAGAUCAGACUCGGUUAGAAAGAUUAGUGAAUUGGUUCAGUCAAGAAGACUAAAGGCUCAGCUCAGUUAGAUAGAGAUAGUUCAUUGACCUCUUGAUUUUAACCUAGGUAGAUUGACCUUCAUCGCAUCCAUGGUAACUUUUUAUACUCACGAUAUCAAUAUGGUUUUUUCCUUAAACGCUAAUUCAUCCCGGACUAAAGCCUAGAUAGACUAACAUCGGUCUCCGCCCUUUAACAUAGGUAUUAGGCGUCACCUAGAUCCGAGUCAUGCAAGUAGCGAUUUUUUUUUUAGAAUUGUAUAACUUUUAAAUCACAUAUAAAUCUAGACCAAGAAAGUUCUUCCCUUUGAGUCCUUGUCUACACAACUCCACUUUUUAAUACGUUUGCUUUUCAUUUUCAAUCCUCACGUGAAUUAAGUUUCAUGAAAAUGAAAUGAAUCAAUGAAGUGUACUGCUCUCUGAUCCAACUGCUCUCGAAAUCCAUGAACUAAUAAAUCCACACAAACUAAACAAAUCCAAGCGCGGUUACACUAUACGAGCUUAUUAAGAGCAUGAAUGAAUGAAUAAAUGGAGCAGUAGACAAAUGGAGCUAAGGAGGAAGGGGCAGGUGAAAAGCAAUAUGCCUACUCCCAAGAAGAAGCAAAGGGGCUAGAGCACCAGUUAAUGCUGCAGGAAGCAGGCCAUGUGUAGAUCAAAAGCAUCCAUUUCCGCUUUCACUUUGUGGCUUUAACAAAUGCCCAGCUCCAGCUCUAAAGCUCUUCCACCUUGUAAAUUCACCCAACACAUGCAUCAACGCAACGCAGCUGGUCCAUCUCUAGCCAUCGCGCAUUUAAUUGCUCAGACCUGCUCCAGUUCUUGGCUUCUAAAGGAGGAGGAAGAGGAAGAAGGAGAGGCAAAUCUUGAGGGAAGAAUGGGGAGGUCUGGAUGUCUCGUCAAGCGAGUCUUCUCGCGGAGUCGCACUUCUAAGUGCCAGCAUGAAAGGAGCAUGUUGCUUGAGAAGAUCAAAUGGAGUGCCAUUAAACUCUACCUCUGCGGGGAAGAAUUCAGCUCUGUUCUGGUGGAGGAUGAUUUGGCCUCUUGCAAAAGCUCCGAAGAGAAUGGAGAUCGUCGAGCAGUCCAAGUGGAAGACGGCAUGGAUGGAGAUGUUUCUGCCAGAGAACGUGCUGCCAUUCUUAUCCAAGCGGCUUUUCGAGGGUUCCUGACGAGACAGCAAUGCAAGUUGCACGACGAAGGCAACGAUGCUCGGUCUCUGGAUUGUAAGACAUUCGAGAACACAUCGAUCGAGGUUCAAAUGGGAGAUUCCGUGUGUAUUUCAAGCGAUCACGAAGCAAGUAUCAUCACGCUGCAGAACCAUGCCCAGCGAAGAGCUAGAUCUCAAGUGUUCAAGCCAAAGGAAGAAUGGGACGACAGCACUCUCAGCAGCAGCAUCUCCAAACUGAGAAUCCAAAACAAGCUCGAAGCGACGACCAGACGAGAAAGAGCUCUUGCCUAUGCCUUCUCCCAGCAGCUGAGGACUUGCAUGACGAAGAGAAGAUCAGCGAAACCGAACCCGACCGAGCUGAACUUGGGGUGGAGCUGGCUAGAGAGAUGGAUGGCCACACGCCAGCAAGAACACGCUUCGGAAUUCAGUCAAGCUUCGAGUGUAAUACAGAGGAGGAUGGUCAUCAGAAAGAGAUCCAACGCGGCAGUGGAGGAAAAGGAAAGCUGCGGCUCGAACGAUGUGUCAGUGAACUUCGAUGCAUCUUCAGUAGCUUCUCAGAAUCCCAGAAAUGGCUGUCAACCAACUAGCAGAAGGAAGUCCAACAGCAAAAGAAGUGCCUCAAGGAGGAAAAUAACUGCAAGCAAUCACAGUGCUCCUCAUUCAAGCAGCAAGAUGAGCAAAAGGGAACAUGAGGAAGAAGAAGAAGAAGAAAGUGAGACGACAGGCAAGCAAGGGAAAACGAAGAGCAGAGAUGCUUUUGAGCCUCCAUCAGAUUACCAAUGAACCAUUCUGAAGACAUGCUUAGUAGCUACACUUGUGUAUCACUCAAUAAAUUUGAUCCUUGGUUGGCAACUCUUCGUGUAACUAAAUUAUCGAUAAGGUGCAUUGCUUAGAGAAUUGCUACAAUAUUAUUUUUGCAAAGGUGCACUUAGAGUUGAGUGAGAAUUCUGCUUGCAAUUUCACACCCACUUUUAUAAGUUUUCU